GUCCACUGAAUGGCAGUGGCUUCAGGCUGUAGAACAGACUCACUCAGUUAAAUUCUUCGUGGCAAACACAGCUGACAGCUGAAUUUCGCCUAAGGGAAGGAGAUCUGUCCUCAUGAGAACGCCUCUUAUUUUCCUGCUCCUGUAUAUGGGAGCGAUGGGUUUUGGCCCCGUAUGUUCAGCAGUGCAGAAUCAAACCAGUGGAACAAGUGUUGGACUUACAGCAGAACAAUGCACUGAUUUGGACGGCCCCACGCAAAGCUUCCUGAUGUGUGCCGGCGUCCCAUCGGAGCCUGACGCAGACCACGUCCUGCACCUGAAGGGACUCAUCAGCGCCGCUUUGGACGUCUACUCGUUCAUGCGCUCCAGUGUGGCCGGUGUCCCGGUGGUGGAUCUGUCGGGGGGCUUCGAUAUGACCGAGGAUCAUGUGAUUAAAGCGUGGCUGGACAUCAAACUCACUCCUCUGCUGUCGUCCAUCUCCAGAAACUUCCUCACAUGCCUCAGCAACAGAAACUUCAGCUGCAGCGCCUACCAGACUGUUGUAAAGGAGUUGAGUCAGCAUUUCUCCGGUCUGGAUCCAGUGCGACAGAAGUGGAUCUAUUCCUUCUUCAUGUACCCGUUUCUCUCUAGAAACACAUCCUCGGGUUGUGUAGAUCCAGAGGACAGCACUGAGGACUGGCUCACAAAGAAUUUCGGUUCUUUCUCUGUCCUGGCUCAAGUGCGAGACUUCACAUCCAUCAAUGUGCUCUUCAGCGGGCUGGAGGUUUUGCACCUCUUGAGUCCAGAACAGAAGGCAGAGCUUCUCCUUCAUCCAGAGGUGGUGGGCUUGACAAACAGCUCCCUCGCCCUGGUGUUUCAGAGUUUGCUUUCCUCUCUGAUGCCCUCUGAGGAUCCAUGGCCUUCAAAUAACAGCACACAGUUUUACAUGAGCACCGCUCCAUCCGCCUCACCACAAGACCCUCUCGGACAGGCGCUGAACGGAUUCAUGACGGCAUUUAGUCCUGUCGGGAGUUUUGUUAGGCAGUUUGUGUCCUUGACACAGCAGCAAAACUUGAACAGCAUGCGGAGCGCCACACUGGUGCAGGCCAUGAUCAACCUGACGCUCGCUGAGCUCGCCGCUCCGUUCAAGCAGAAUUCCUCCCAGCAGCUGGUCGCUUUUGACCCCAUGAAUGUUAACGACUGGUUCACGCACGUGGCCUCUCCCAUACUCCGGCGAUUCCUUCUUCCCGGCCAGAUAGAAAUCCACCCCAACCUCACGGCUGUCUUCCAUAACCAGUUCUACAUCGAGACAGCGAUAGGAACUGGAGUCCAGAAUGAAGGUCAGGACAUCUGCAGCGUCUUUAUUGACAACAGAACGUGCGGGCUGACGGACCUGGUGGAGCAUGUGGCCACUGUCCUGCACUGUGCAGCACGCUCAAACCUCACGCUCAAUCAGGAGACGCUCUCCAACGUCCUCCUGCAUCUCUCCCAGAACCUCAACGCUCUACUGCAGCAGCUGACCAUGACUAACUUCAGUUCCCAGAGUUCCCCCUUCAGUGACAUCCUGGACCAAAUGGUUCAUGACACCUUCACGAUGAGCAACUUGCAAGAUGAGUCAUUUGUGAGAUUAUGGUUCCAGGUCAAGUUAAAGCCUCUUCUUUCCACACUGACUCCAGAGUAUCUCACAUGCCUCAGUCACAAGGAGUUCAGCUGCCACACCUUUCAGAUACUUGUUUCUGAACUCAGUGACAACAUGCUCCUGAUGUCAGAAGAAGGUGUGCAGGAUGUUUAUCUGUAUUUCAUCUCAUCCUUCCUGAGCCGACAAAAUGUUUCAGGUGGCUGCCGUGCUGAGAACAGCAGCAUCUGGGUUACUCUGAAUUUUGGUGGAUUUUCACCAUUUGCAACACUGAGGGAAAUGUACCAGCUGAGCCAAGACUUCAAUGCUAUAGACGCACUGGUGGUUCUCUCCCCCAGACAGACAGCUGAACUGAUAGUUGAGGAUUUUGCAGGUCUCCCAGAGAAAAGUGUCAUCAUAAACAUGGUUUUUGAUCACAUCUUGAUUUCUCCUGAAGAUCGUGGUCUAGUUCAGAUGCUUGGAUAUCUCAUCAUGCUAGCUGGCCAGAUGGGUUUGGAGUGCUCGUCAUACCAGCAGAUCGUUCAGAGGCUGCAGGAAUCUGUGCUUCCUCCACACAUGAUGCAACCCAUCAAGGACUACAUGAGUCAGCUGGAACAGAUGGCACCUCCUGGUUGUUUUCUUCCACCGGUUACGUGUAUUUCAACACCAAUCAAUGAAACCUCAAUUUGUAAUGGAAUCAGCAGUAAUGAGACUCUCCUGUCCGCUGGUCUCGUGAGCGCCCCCUGUAGUGUGGACCUGCAGCAGUACGCUUGCUCGUCGCUCACAGGCUUCACUGCUGAAAACCUGGCUGGACUCCUGAAGUGUCAACUAUCCAGCAGCAGCAGUUACUCCAAGGUGAUCUGGAAACUGCUUUUCAUCAAAGCAAAUGAUGUUCUGGAUGGAGCCCUCAUCAUCUUUACCAACUCGCUAGCAAACAUGUCUCAGCCAAUCGGAGGUGAUGUUGUGUCCCAAGUGCUGGAUGUGAUUGGAGAGCUGAGACUGGAGCGCAUCAGUCCUGACCAAUGGAGUGACGUCACUUUCAUCAGCAUGUUGUUCACUCAAAAUCUGAAGCCAUUUUUACAGUUUGCGUCACCAUCCCUACUGCAGUGCACUAGCAGCAAAAACCUCAGCUGCCAAACCUACCAGCACAUCUUGUCAAUGGUCACAUUUGUCAGUGAGACCCAAGGAAGAAACAUGGUGGACUUCUUCAUCUUGCCCUUCCUCAGAAGAAACACAACAGAUGCGGGUUGUGUGUCGACUGCUAACAACAGCACUGAGUGGCUGCAGAAGAACUUUGGCCCGUUCUCUCAGUUUGUGUCUCUCACAGAUCUGCUCUCCAUCAACGGACUCUUUAAUCCCUUGGAGACUCUGGACAAUCUCACUCCAAAGCAGAUGGUUGGACUAAUUGUUAACAGUCAGCCUGGUGUGCCACAGAAUGUUGUCAUCAAUAGGGUGUUUGAUCAUCUGCUAGUGUCUCCUGUGGAACGAGGUCUUCCUGAUGUUCUUGAGCUCCUGUAUAUUUUCUCCACUGUGAAUCCACUCAGCUGCCAAACCAACCAGAUAAUCUUCACGAGGCUGGAGCACAUCUUGAGGUCAGGAGCGGGUGAUUUGGAGCCCGUCAUCUGGGCGAGCGUUUACAAGUUCAGCCGCACGGCUCCUGCAGAUUGCGCUCUGCUCCCAGUCGUGAAUGAGUGUCCUGUGACUCCAUUCAACGAGACUCGGGUGUGCAGUGGAGUGGACAGUUCUGCAUCACAGCAGUGCUUGAUCGACGGACUGUCGUGCGGCUUCGGUAUCGCAGUACACGCGUGUUCCCCGGUGCUGAACGUGAGCCUGGAGCAUCUGGUCACACUACUGCACAAGCAUCUGUCUACGGCUGACAUGAGCUCAGCUGAAGCCUGGAAACUCUUCCUGACCAGAGUCUCACACCUGCUGGACGUCGCCCUCAGCCAGCUCUCCAACAAGUCCAUGUGGUGGAGCAGCAGCUCUGCUUCUGUGGUUCUGGAUGUUCUGCGGGAGCUGCGACUGAACAGACUCACGGACGAGAGCGCCGUCGCACAGUGGCUCGACAAACACCUGCGGCCGGUCCUGCCGAGCGUGUCCACGACGUUCCUGCAGUGCCUGCGCAGCAAGAACUUCAGCUGCCAGAGCUUCCAGACAGUGGUUGGAGCGUUCGAUGCAGGAUAUAUCCAUAUGAAUGACUUUCAGCGCCAAAUAACCGUGUCAGACUUCAUCAUACCGUUCCUCUCGAGAGCAGGUGCGGCGUGUGUGUCCAACGACAACUCUCAGUGGCUCAUCAGUAACUUCGGCCAGUUUUCUGCUCUCGUCCCUCUGAAUCAGCUGAUCUCGCUCAAUGCGCAGUUCAACCCGAUGAGCAGCCUGCUCUAUCUCUCUCCAGAGCAGCUGGUCGGGCUGAUGUUUGACGACAUUCCUGGUCUUCCAGAGAAAAGUGUGGUCAUCAAUGCCGUGUUCGAUCACCUGACCGCGUCUCCACAGAAACAGAGGAUCGUCUCCAUGCUUCCCAUCAUGGUUGAGUCGUCAACGACGAGGAACGUCUCCUGUGCAUCAUAUCAAACCAUUUUCCACCGUCUGGAUCAUCUGAUGGUCAGUGUGCCGGUGGAUCUGGAGGCAGCGAUUCUGAGGAGUAAAUCGGCUCUGCUUCGGAACGUUCCGCAAGGUUGUGUGAGCUCUAGCAGACAGUGUGGCUUCACACCAGUGAAUGAAACAGCACUGUGCAGGAGCAUCAACAGCUCUGUUCUGUUGGCGUAUCUCGGCUCGUCUCAUGACGGCAGUCGGCUCUGUGAAUUCAGCAUCACACAGUACGCUUGUGCAGAGUUGACAGAUCUGAGCUCACAGGACCUGGCGACCGUGUUGUCAUGUGGUCUCAACGGGAAUGAAAACGUGUCCGAGGAGAUGUGGAAACUCUUCACGCAGAAGAUCAACCCCGUGCUGGGUCCAGCGCUCGACCUGCUCGCCGACACGAGGCUGAAUAAGUCCCGCCCCUCAGUGUCAUUCUUGAAUGUGAUUGGAGAGGUCACUCUGAGCUCCUUCAGCUCCACCAAUCUGGGAGACCAUUCGUUCGUCCAGCGCUGGUUUAACUCCAGGCUCCGCCCAUUUUUACCCUACGCCUCCGAGAUGUUCCUGUCCUGUCUGUCCACCAGAGACUUCAGCUGUGACACCUUCAGGAGCGUUGUCGAGAGCUUCGGUCAGAGUUUUGAUGUCAUGUCCACCGAUACACAAGCUAAUGUCUACGUUGACUUCAUCAAAGUCUUCCUCUCUCAGAACAGUACUGCAGGGUGUGUGAACAUCUCUCAGAGCAGCUCUGAUUGGCUGAUCAGCAGCUUUGGACGUUUCGCUGUUUUCACCACAGUCACAGACCUCCAGACGCUCAACCCCAACUUCAAUGUGUUGGACACUCUGGGUCUGUUGAGCAUGAGGCAGUUAGUGGAGGUUUCCAGCACUCCUGGAUUCUUGUCCAGCUCCGCUGCGGUCAAUAAUCUGCUGCUCUAUGUGCCGGACGCUCAAUUCACAGCGUUCUUCUUAUCCCUCUCCAAUACGCUACAGAUACAGGGCGUCGUUCUCCCUCCUCCCGUGCAGGAGGCAUUUCUGCAGCAGGUGUUUGACAGGGCCAAUCUGACCACAUCAUCAGAUGCUGAUCUGCAGAACUGGAUCCUGAAUAUGCUGCCUUCGUUCAUGGCCAACAUUACAGUCCAACACGUGACGUCCUACUUCAGCAUCAUCCAGCAGCGACCAUGUUCCAUCAGCCAGCAGGCGGUGCAGCUCUUGAACACGUCCAGCUCCACCUUCCAGCCCGCGACACAAGAUCAGAUCUACCAGCUGAUCCUCGGCUCUCUCACAGGCCCCGCCCCGCUGCGUUGCUAUGCUAACCAGAGCUACUACGCUUUCCUGACGUCCUCCUUCAUGAGUUUCCAGUUCCCUAAUCUGACCACCUUCCUGUCGCUGAUGCCGGCCGCCCGCGUGCCAGAGCUGAUGGAGUCGGUGUCUCCAGCGGAGGUCAGCAGUCUCUUGAACCGGCCCAACGCUGUGGACGAUGUUACCAAAAUCUGCCAGUUUUUCCGAAUUUACCCAAAAACACCCCAGUACUUACAGACGGAGCCGCCGUUGUCCGUGGGUUUGGCCCAGCAGGUGUUGUCCUGCGUGUGGCCUCAGGUUCUGAAGGUGGACAGCCAGUCUGAGGCGAACACGUGGUUUGAUCAUCGACUGCUUCGGUACUUGCCUCUCCUCACCUCACAGCUCAUCUCUCCAGACGUCAUGCAAAACGCCUCCUGUCUCUCCUUCAAGAAGUUUGUUUCAGUGAUGGCUAAAUACGACUACGCUGCAGCGCCGUUUUCUCAGAGAGACAUCUACAACACCAUCCUGAUCUACCUCAACACCUCUUCAACUCCUAAAUGCUAUAACGCCUCUAACCCCGAUCUCAACUCCACCGCCUGGUUCGUAGACUACAUCUCCGUCUUCUUGAGCUUCAUUACACUGGAUGACCUCCUCAUGUUCGGCUCGAUUCAGCCGUUCAUGGUGAACCUGGAGAACCUGCAGCUCUUCGGUCAGAUCAGCGUUCCUGAUGAUGUCAUGGAGUACUACGUGACUCUGCUGUUCGACUUGAAUCCGUCCUUCAGCGCCUACUAUCUUCCUCUGAAGUUCCGAUGCUUGGCUCCUGCGAGCUCCUUCCUUGAGUUGAGUUCGGAGCAGCUGAGGAACAUCUCAUCCAGCAUCCAUCAGAACUGCACCGACGUCCUACCCGAGGUGUCGGCGGCUCUGGCGAGUAACGCGGAGGUUCUGACGGUGGACUCCAUCCAGGCUCUGGGUCAGUCGUGCACGGGUUUGAGCACGGCUCAGAUCAGCGGCGCUGGAGGGCAGGUGCUUUUUAACGCGCUGUCUGUGCUCAGUCUCGUUCAGGAAUGGAACCUCGAUCAGGCCAUGAUGAUCAUCCGAACCCUGCUGUCGUCUGGAGUUUACCAGAUUAACAGUGCCGCCAGUCUGCAGAACUUGGGUUCGCUGAUCGUCGGUGUUCAAUCAUCAAUCAUGAGCCUAAUCUCAGGAAAUACCUUCCUAGAGGCAAUGAAAUCCGAAUUGUUCAUGUCCAACAUCAUUGGCGCACCCGUAAUCGUCCAGCAGACCGUCGUCAGCCAGAUCAUCUCUGUGAGCAGCUCGUCUGACGCCAUCAUCACAAACGUUCCUGACGUCAUGGCCACAGAAAUCCCACGCGUCUUCCUGCUGGGUGUGUCGACGUCAUCCGCGACCCUGCAGACGGUCAACCAGAAGAAAUGGAAACACGAGCAGGCUGUUUUGAUCUUUGAAACUGUCGCUGCACAGUUCAGCAACCCGGAUGACAUGUCUUUCCAGGUGCUGCAGGGUUUCACCUGUUCACGGAUUCAGAGUUUCAGCACAAGUAAAAUCAUGAAUCUGAUCCGCGGCUGCAAACGGCGAGUCAAUCAGACGCUCGUCCUGCAGGAGUCACAGCUGACCUGCAUGUAUCAAUACAUCAAGAGCGCCGAUCUCAACGCCUUCUCCCAGUAUCCCGCUGAAGUGCUCAUCUACUACGACUACUCGGCGAUCGACAGAUCUGUGUGCCGCUCGUAUUUCUCGUCUCUGGGAACGGCCAGCUUCUCUGUUCUGUCCAGCACUCUGUCCUUCAAGAAGCAGACGCUGUUCAACAAUGCCAGAGACUGUCUAGGAAUCUCGGGUUUUAAGAUCAGUCGGGAUCAGCUGGAGGUUUUGGGCAGCGUGUGCUGCUUCCUGAGCGCCGAUUACAUCCAGAGCUCAGACCCGUAUGUGCUGGAGAAACUCAAGCAGUGUGAAGAUCUAUCGGCUCAGCAGAUCUCUGCGCUCGAGAGCGUCCUGCUGGGAGGAAACACCAGCUACGGACCCUCAGACAGCUGGAACAGAACCACGCUGGAGAACCUGGGCCUCCUGCCGCUGUACCUCACCACCAACAUCUGGGGCAUAUUCUCACAGACGAAUAAGCAGAGGUUUCUGAAGACGUUCAUUCAUGACCUGAGGAAGAACAAUAAAGCUUCGGAGAUGAAGAUCCUGAACAUGAUGAAUGAGGUCAACAAAAUCUCACGAGUCAAAAUCAAGAGAUCCGCAGAAACAGCAUGUACUGUGGGGCAGAUACUGCAGGCUCAGGUGUACAGCGACAUGUUUCCGUUUGCGUAUGACGUGACACAGUUUAACGCCUGUUUGAGCGUCGAAGCGCUGAAGGACAACCUGGAGGCCGUCACCGACAGAGUUUACGACAGGAGCUACCAGCGGAUUGUUCUGGACAAACUCAACCAGGCGUAUCCGGGCGGAGUGUCUGACGAGGUGCUGCAGGUUUUAGGCUCCGCCUCCCGUGCGGCCACGCGUGACGAUGUCAGGAAGUGGAACGUGACCAAGAUCGACACGCUCUCAUCUCUGAUGAACCAGCGCUACGGAGACUGGGACGCGGAGAUGGUCCAGCUGCUGGUCAGUAAGUAUCUGAGUGUGAAUGGAAACACUCUCGGCACUAACGAGCUGAACACGCUGGGAGGAACAAACCUGUGUGUGCUGAACACGAGUGUGCUGAGCAACAUCACACCUGCCAGCAUGGAGCGAGCUUCUGCUCUCUCUUUGACCAGCUGCAGCUCGGAGAAGAAGUCGAUUCUGUUCAGUAUUGCUCAGAACGCGUUCGACACAACAAACACACGCAGUACAAACACCGUCAGCAUCACAACAUACCAGCUGCUGCAGAACUACCUCGGCGGUGCUGAUUCGAUGUUCAUUCGCACUCUUGUGAACUCCAGUGUGAAUAUGGACGUGCUCACAUUCAUGAGUCUGAAGCAGAGCGUCAUCAACGUGCUGAACGUGCCCGAGGUGAAGAGUCUGUUGGGUGUGAAUGUGGGUGAUCUGAAGACGUACGAAAGCGCGGCACAGAUACAGGAGUGGAUCAGGCUUCAGCUGCAGUCGGACCUCGACACGCUGCAGAUGGGCCUGACGGGCGGCAGGAACUCCACCGCCACAGAAACCACCACCAGCACUGCCUCUGCCGCUACCAGCAGCACUAAAGCGCCGUCAGCCCAGACCGGCACCGUCGCCACCACAGCUGCUGGAUCCAGAGUCUGGUCACCUGACUGUCUGCAGCUGCUCCUAUUGGCUGUUACCAUGAUGACACUGCAGCUGCUGCACUGAUGAUGUCAUCAUCACUAUUCUUCCUGUCUCUCGGUCUGUCUCGUAUUUAAAGAGUUUCUGCACUUUCACUUGUAACGCACUUUCCCUUUUCAUGGACUGACAUGAACUAGUUCUGUCUGAAAUUAAAGAAUAGACCAAUCUAGACUGAUGUAGUCACAUCUGACUCAGUUAAAGAUUUGACACUGAAAUGCUAAGUCUCAAAAACCUCUCAAUAAAUAUUUAUAAUUACAAUGAUUUUUGUUUGCAUACGUAACAGAGACAAGCUGAACCCAGCAAAGACUCUGAUUUAUGAAGACUCCAGGAGAACUCAGUGAAUGUAAUAUAAAAUAAAUGUAUUGAUUAAAUCACAAGAUAAAUAAAUUCAUGUUUGUUAUCCUGGUUGUCAAUUUCACAUAUUUAGUUCUGCAUUUAAAAAAUAUAAAUAUUUUCAUUCUCACUUUCAUUUUUAUUAUUAAUUUCAUUUCCUAUUCUGCAUAUUCUUUUCUAUUCUUUAUUCACAUAGUAGCAUUCAGUAUGGGUGUGUGUAAUACGUGAAUUCCAGCACACACACACUUCUACACAUCAGAGAUGUUUUCAUAAAUCUGAACGUUGGUAUGGUUUUACGUGCGUACGAUGAAAUCCACACAAACAUUCAGAUUUAUAACACCUCUGAUGUGUAAAAGUGCUUAGCGGCACAUCAGUCUCGAAGCAAACGUACACACUUCUCCUUGUGGCAGAAUCACAGUACUGCAAGUAUUUGGAAAUCUAAGCAAUUCUUGGCAUGUUUUAUAAAUGAGGCCCAAACGCACUAAAGUGUCAACACUAUAACACUGCUCUCCAUCGGAAAACUUAUCUUAGAUCUAAUUUUUCUAUGCAACAUUUUAUAAAUGAGGCCCAUGUAAUCUUACAGGACUUCAGCAGUAAGGUGAAAUCAUUACACAACAUGCCAAAGAAAAAAAGUUUUAAGAGUAGACUUAAAAAUAGAUAAAGUUGAGGCAGUUCUGAUAUGAACCGGGAGACUGUUUCAUAACUUAGGGCCGACAACAGAAGCACGAUCACCUCUGUUUUCGGGUCUUGUCCUGGGGACUUGCAGUAAACCAGAAUCAGCAGAUCUGAGUGAUCUUAAAGUGUAUGGAUGUAACAAAUCAGAUUGGUAGUGUGAGGCCUGAUUCUGGAAAGAUUUAUAGACAGACAAUAAAGUUUUUAAAGCAAUUUUAUAUUUGACCAUCAGCCAAUGCAAUGAGGUCAAAACUGGUGUGAUACACUUAUAUUUGCGUUUCCCAUGAAGAAGUCAUGCCACUGCACUCUGAAUCAGAAGACUUGAUGAAUCACAUGACUGCUGGUGUGUCUUCAUUGGAAGAACAAGAUCCAAGUCUUGCAGUGUUUUGAGAUGAUAAUAUAGUGAUUUAGUUAAUGCUUUGACAUGCCCACUGAAGCUAAGGUCUGACUCCAGAAUCACACCAAGAUUCCUGACCUGAUUUUCAGUUGUUUGACCUCAAAGGUUAGGUCAAAGUAUGCACUCCACUUUGAGAACUUCCUUUUUUUUUCCAAAUGCAACGAGUCAAUGGGGCUGUAGGCACUGAAAAAUAAGGGUAGGUAAAGUAAAACUAAACUAAAAAUAAAAAACUAAAAUAUCUCAAAAUGUUGGUGAAUUGCUGAUGUACUGUAUAAAACCAUAUACAAUCAUGAACUACACAGUUAGACAAAUACAAAUCUUGCUCUAAGAUUCUCCAUUGCUGACCAAGUAUAUUUUGAAAAAACUUUUGUUUUUGUAAUUUCUUGUAUCAGC